AUGGCCAUCCUGGCAACUCUCGAGACCGCCCCAGAUUUCCCCGCACAGCACCAAAUUGAUGUUGCCGCUUGCGGAAGCACCACGGGGAGUCUGAUUCGAUUCAUCAAUAGCUGGGGGAAAAUGUUUCGUAUGCUUGUAGAGAUCGUCGACGAUAGGGUCUUCCUGAUCCGGAGAGAGAGAGAGAGAGAGAGAAUUCCCCUACGGAGCUUAUCCCGGACAUACAAGGCUUCGCGAACGGUGAGGUACCGGUUCGGAAACCUGAGGUUCCUCGUCCGCUUUGACGGAGAAGGGUAUCGUCCUGGCGAUGACGAGCCGGCGCGGGCCCGGAGAACGGAGAAUCACGUGGGCAACCAGACCAAUUCGCACAUCUCUGCUCAUGAUUUGGCCGAGAGUAUGCGCCGCGCCAGCGUCUCGGUCGAAACUGAGGUCGACAGGGAUGUGAUCAAGAUCCAGAAGUCUGGCGCACUGGUCGCUCAGGACAUGGUCCUUGAUCUCAAGACCCGCAGCAAGAACAAAGAUCAGCUCGAUAAGAUGAUGGACGCAGAGUUGCAGCCAUCAUCGCUCUGGCGCGGGCCCAACCGGAUCCAAAGAUUUAGGUCUGUCGCUCAGAGGCUGGUAUGCUCGAGAAGCGUCGGCAGGUGGAGGGUCUCGCAAAUGCCCUAUCGCAAGAGACUAGGAAGAGAUGGAUCGGCAGCUCAGCAGGAGGAAGGUUGGACGGGAACUGAUGGGAUGAAAAGGACCAUGACAGCGACCGCCGUUGGGACGAGGAACUCGGCGACUUUGCUGCCGCAGGGUCCCUCGAGGAAUUGCGGGUACUGUGGUCGGUGA